AUGGAGAAGGAGGAGAAGGUCCGCGUGGUGGUGCGCGCUCGGCCCUACGUCCGUCCCACCGGGCGCACUGGCAGUACCCCCAGAAACAACAAUAGAGAUAAACACAAGAACGACCAAGAGUGCGUCGCAGCUAGUCCUGAAAACCCUGGAGAGCUCUUCGUUUACACCGAUCCAGGUCGCACUCGCGCAGCCACAUUUCGUUGCGAGACGUUCCUGUCUUCAACAGCGUCCCAAGAGGACGUAUUUGAGCAGAUACGCGCGAAAGAGCUGGUCGAUUCUGCGCUGGAAGGCUUCCCUGUGACCAUUUUCGCCUACGGACAAACGGGUGCUGGUAAAUCCUUCACCAUUUUUGGACAGGAAGACGAUGUCACCGCGCGCAAAACGGCUCUGCAGGAGCAGGACGGUCUUUUACCACGCAUAGCACAAGAGCUGAUGAAUGCAGUUUCUGCUCGGAGAGGUGAGAUUGAGUACACUUUACGUGUGACUUGCGUUGAGAUCUACAACGAGCAAGUACGCGACGUAUUUGACCCACGUAAGGAGACGUUGGCAGUGCGCUCUUCGAAGACUCACGGUUUUUUCUUGGAAAACGCUACUGUGGUCGAAUGCAUGACAGCUCGAGAAAUUGUAAGGGUGGUGAGGGCUGCUGCUACUCAACGCACCAAAUCUAGUCACUUGCUGAACGAACGAUCAAACAGAAGUCACUGCCUCGUAACAAUUUAUAUUGACGCAGCACCGCUAAAGUCCGGUUCAUUGGGUGGCAAACGCUAUGGCAAAAUCACGAUCGUUGAUCUGGCUGGCAGUGAGCGUGUUUCAGAUUCUGGCGCGGUGGGAACACAACUCCGUGAGACGUGCCACAUUAAUCGGAGUCUUCACUGCCUUAGUCAGGUGAUUCAAGCGAUGAAUGCCCCCAAAUGUAGCAAAACAGGGAAGCCCAAAUUCGUACCAUACCGGGACUCUAAGCUCACAAUGCUGCUACUGGACAGCUUAGGGGGAAACUGUAAGACCCUUAUGAUCGCUUGCGUGAAUUCGUCGCCUCAGUUUGCAGUCGAGUCGGUCCGUACACUUGACUUCGCAAUGGGCGUUGCCAAAAUCAAAAAUCGCCCGACAGCUCUGCUUACUCCGCAUGAAAAACUCAUUAAAGAUCUGAAAGAGCAGAUCAGACUUCUCAAACUUGAAAACAAAAUGUUGCGAGCUCGAACGCCAGGAUAUUUUAUGGAGCAUCCUAACAACCAGCUGGAUCCUUUUACAAACGAGUUUGCCGAACAGCAAGUUCGACAGCAUGUUCAAACUUGCACCGAACCCACGUAUCUGUCUGGAGACUCCCUCGAUGCAAUACAUCGAAAGAAUAAUGUUCACCAAAAAGUAGCUCAGCAAGAGCUCCGAACACUAAAACAAAAACCUCCGCUUCGCCACCUACGGAAAUCGCCCAAGAGGAAGAUUUUAACGAGUAUAUCCAAGUCGUUCACCAACAAGCACGCUCUGCCCCUUGUCAGCAAGAGUGCACCACCACCGAGAUCGUUUCAGUAUAUCGUGCAGCAUCCCGAAACUUUUCACUCCAACCAAAGCACGAAUCACCUCGUGCUUCCACGCACAGACUCGCCCCCUCCACCGUACAAUGAUUUGUUUGGGAUUGAGACGGUCUCGUAUUCGCAGAGUCAACCAUCCAGCAACCUCUUCAACCCCCAUUUGCCUCCAACAAGACCAGCCCAAGCGCAAUCACUUUCAAACAACCGUCAGGAGAGAGAAUUAUUAGCGAAAACUCUUUCACCUGAAGAGCAGUUGCAACUGUUGCUAAGGCAAAUGCUGCCUGAGUCUCAACCUCCGUCAACAAACAUGCCUGAACGAACUGACAAGCGACAAAAGAUGCAGCAGAUACCAUCGAAGCCCGCAAAACCUCCUGCUUUUACCCCCUCGACCACUUCAACGUCAGAACCUCUCUUGAUUGGUCAAAACUAUGACCAAUCAUAUUUACCGGCGUCCGUCCUGCGUCCUCGGCAACCAUUUCUCGCCCACAACUUCAGCAUCAUGGAUGACGGCCUCUUCGACGGCGUGAGCGCCCAGCAGCUCUUCCACAACAAGGACAGCAAUGGCCUCACCUUCGACGACGUAAUCUCCCUGCCUGGCCACAUUAACUUUGGCGUUCAGGAUGUGGAUGUGACCACGAAGCUGACCAAGAAGGUCAAGUUGUCGGCGCCCAUUGUGAGCUCUCCAAUGGACACCGUGACGGAGGCCAACAUGGCCAUCGCCAUUGCCCUGCAGGGAGGUUUGGGCUUCUUGCACUGCAACAACUCGAUCGAGCAGCAGGCCGAGAUGGUGCGCGCGGUCAAGCUCUAUGAGAACGGCUUCAUCCCCGAGCCGAAGGUGCUGGGACCGACUAAUACUGUCCUCGAUCUGGACCAGCUCAAAGUUUCUGGUGUGCCAAUAACGGAGGAUGGGCACCCCACGGGCAAACUUGUCGGUCUAGUCACGAGCCGCGAUGUCGACUUCAUAGAUGACCGUUCGGUGGCAUUAUCGACCAUCAUGGUGCCUCUCGAGCAGCUGGUUGUUGGCACGUAUCCGAUCUCGCUUGAGGAGGCCAACAAGGUGCUGAAGGAGGCCAAGAAAGGCACGCUACCUAUUGUCGAUGCGUCGGGCAACCUCGUGUCCCUCAUGACCCGCUUGGAUUUGCUCAAGCACCGCGACUACCCGAACGCUGUGCGUGACCCUGAAACGCACAAACUGCUUGUGGGCGCAGCUGUGUCGGUAAAUGAGCAGGCUAAGCCACGCAUCGAUGCUCUUGUUGCUGCUGGUGCCGACGUCAUUGCUUUGGAUGCCCGGCAGGGUGACAGCGCUUCUCAGAUCGAGCUUGUCAAGGUACGAUGCCGUUCUUUGAUCAUCGUUAUCCUAGAUAGCUUAGUGUGCUGAUUCUUUUUCGAUUUACCAGUACAUCAAGCAGACGUACCCGUCCGUUGAGGUUGUUGGCGGCAACAUUGUUACCAUGAAGCAGUUGAAGAACCUGCUUGACGCUGGUGUGGACGGUGUCCGUGUUGGUAUGGGUGUGGGUUCCGUGUCCACGUCGCAGGUCGUGAAGGCCGUGGGUCGUGCCCAGUUGUCUGCUAUCUACAACACUGCUCUCCUGGCCAAGGACUAUGGAGUCCCCGUCAUCGCUGAUGGUGGCAUCAGUAGCCCUGGUGCUGCUAUCAAGGCCCUCUCGCUUGGUGCUUCCGUUGUCAUGAUGGGAUCGAGUCUUGCAGGUACGGCGGAGGCCCCAGGUGACUAUUUCUUCCAGGACGGCAUGCGUCUCAAGCACUACUACGGAAGUGGCAGUCACGAGUAUUAUCGUCACGGUGAUCCAGCACACACCGCCGCCACUGCUAGCCUCGUUGCUGUCGGUGUGUCUGGUGCGGUGGUGGACCAGGGCAGCGUGCACAAGUACUUGCCAUACAUCCAGCAGAGUAUCCGCCACGGAUUCCAGGACCUGGGAGUGCGCUCCAUUCCGCAACUGCACACCGCGCUCUACAAGGGAGAACUACGCUUCGAGCGCCGCACCGUCAGUGCGCAGAAGGAGGGCGGUGUGCACGAUUUGUUUACGUACUCCAAGCAACUCUACGCCUAAGCAAGUUCACUGACGACAAACUGACUGCAUUAUUACUACGCUAUACAGCUUCACGCAUUAAAUUUACCUUAAAAAUGCUAAUACACGUUAUGGCUGCGGCGGUAUGCAGCAAAUUGCCACCACUAGAGUGAGUCUUACUUAGCUAAAGUUGAAGUGGCAAGUCAUUUCGUC